AAAUGAAUGAAUGAGCAGACAGCCUUCCACAGGAGGUACUAUUACCUCAUUUUGCUCAUAGGAAACCAAGACCUCAUGGGAAAUGAGCAGCCCAGGAUCACAGCAGAGAGUGGUGAAGCUCUUCUGUCUCAGGGGAGCAUCGAGGAGAACCAGCCAGAUGUCCAGGACACCACACACCCAGCAGAUGCUGUCCACAAGCCAGUGACCUUUAAGGAUGUGGCUGUGGACUUCACAAGGGAGGAGUGGGGACUGCUGGACCCAGCACAGAGGAUCUUGUACCGAGAUGUGAUGCUGAGGAACUACAGCAACCUGGUGUCCCUGGGACUUCCUGAUUCCAAACCAGACGUGAUCUCCAAGCUGGAGCAAUGGGAAGACCCCUGGACUAUGGAGAGAGAUGUUCCAAGAGGUCCAGACUCAAAACCUCAGACCCUAGCUGAACAGCUGGCCCCAGACAAAGGCAGUCUGCCUUGUGGGUGGAUGACAGUGGGACUCGAAGGGCAAGAUUUCUGGCACACCAUAUUGAGAAAAGUUGUGGGGCGUGAAGGCCAGGAAGCAGAAAGAUGCUGCCAAGCAGUGAUGCUUAGCCAGGGGGAGAAGAACCUGGAGCGGAGCCUUGCAGGAAGUUUCCACUGGCCCCCAUUUGUCACUGAGCAUCAGGACACUCCUCCAGCCUCAAACCACAUCCUCAAAAAGGGCCUCACAUGCGUUUCAGUCUUAGAUCAGGGUUACUCCUGCCAAAGAGAGGAUGUGUGUGGAGAAGCCUGCAGCUGUUUCCCAGACCUUAGUUGGCCACCAGGAGUCCACACUGCAGAGGGCAUCCCAGUGUGCAGUGGGUGGGAAGAUGCCUUUGGCAAGAACACGUGCCUCGUGAGCUAUCAGCAGGUUCCCAAUGGAAGGAAGCCCUACACAUGCGAGGAGUGUGGGAAGGCCUUUGGGCAGAGCACUCAUCUCAUUCAGCACCAAAGAACCCACACUGGCGAGAAGCCGUAUGCCUGCUGGGAGUGCGGACGUGCCUUCAGCAAGAACUCAUCUCUGGUCAAGCACCGGCGCAUCCACACGGGCGAGAAACCCUACACGUGUGGCCAGUGUGGCAAGCGCUUUCGUGAGAGCUCAUCGCUUGUCAAGCACCAGCGGGUGCACACAGGUGAGAAGCCAUACACAUGUGGUGAGUGUGGGCGCACCUUCAGCCAGAGCAGCCACCUCCUGCAGCACCAGCGAGCCCACACCGGGGAGAAGCCAUUUGCCUGCCACAAAUGCGGCCGAGCCUUUGCCGACUCCUCGGCCCUCCUUGUCCACCACAGAACCCACACGGGAGAGAGGCCCUACGAGUGCCGUGUGUGCUGCAAGGCAUUCAGCCUCAGCUCAUCCCUGACCGAACAUGAGCGCUGCCACACAGGAGAGAAGCCAUACGAGUGUCGGGAAUGCGGGAAGGCCUUCAGCCAGAGCUCGUCCCUCAGCAAGCACCUGAGGACACACACGGGUGAGAAGCCAUACUCAUGUGGUGACUGUGGGCGCACCUUCAGCCAGAGCUCGUCCCUGGCCAAGCACCAGCGGGUACACACGGGUGAGCGGCCCUAUCUGUGUGGAGAGUGUGGAAAGGCCUUCAGCCAGGGCUCCUACCUGAUUCAGCACCUCAAGAUUCACAGCGGUGAGAAGCCCUACACAUGCAGUGAGUGCAGGAAGCCAUUCACCGACUCCUCGGCCCUGGUCCUACACCAGCGGGUGCACACAGGUGAGCGUCCUUACGCAUGCGGAAAAUGCGGGAAGACCUUCAGCCAGAGCAAGUUCCUCACCCAGCAUGAGCGGAUCCAUACUGGCGAGAAGCCCUUCGUGUGUGGUGACUGCGGAAAAGCCUUCCUGCAGAGUUCAUCUCUCACCCUCCAUCAGAGAACGCACACUGGGGAGAAGCCUUACAAGUGCAAUGAGUGCGGCAAGUCCUACAUCCAGAUGUCGCACCUCACCGAGCAUUACCGGGUGCAUACCGGGGAGCGGCCCUACACAUGCAACGUAUGCGGUAAAGCCUUCAGCCGGGGCACACACCUCACACAGCACCAGCGUGUCCAUGCAGGUGCCAAGCCCUUCAUAUGCUGUGUGUGUCAGAAAACCUUCCAGGAGGCCACAGCCCUCGUACUGCAUCAGAGGACGCACUCUGGCGAGAAGCCCUUUGAGUGUCGUGAGUGCGGCAAAGCCUUCAGCCAAAGCAGAUUCCUGGCCCAGCAUCAGAGAAUUCAUUCCCGGGGGAGACCAUAUCAAUACAGCGACUGCGGGAAAACAUUCCAGAGCGCCUCAGCCCUUGAGGCACACCAGAAGAACCGCUCUCGGAAGACGCCUUAUGCCUGCAGCGAGUGUGGGAAAGCCUUUGGCCGGAGCACUCACCUAGCCCAGCACCAGGUUGUCCACACAGGGGUGAAGCCCCAUGAGUGUAAGGAAUGUGGAAAGGCCUUCAGCCGAGUCACCCACCUGACUCAGCACCGGAGGAUUCAUACUGGAGAGAAACCCUAUAAAUGUGGGGAAUGUGGCAAAACCUUCAGCCGCAGCACCCACCUCACCCAGCACCAGCGGGUGCACACAGGGGAGCGGCCCUACGAAUGUGACGAGUGUGGGAAGGCCUUCAGCCAGAGCACCCACCUGACUCAGCACCAGCGCAUCCACACUGGGGAGAAGCCCUACAAGUGUGAGUCAUGUGGGAGAGCCUUCAGUGACUGCUCAGCUCUGACUCGACACCUGAGAACCCACUCUGGAGAGAAGCCGUAUCAGUGUAAGGUUUGUCCAAAGGCCUUUGCGCAGAGCUCCUCCCUCAUCGAGCACCAGAGGAUCCACACAGGAGAGAAGCCCUACAGGUGCCGCGACUGCGGGAAGGCCUUCAGCCGCAGCUCAGCCCUCACGGUUCACCUGAGGAUCCACAUCACGCUAGUGCAGUGAUGGGAAGUAGUUCCUCACCUCUGGGGAACGACUCUGCAUUUGAGGGCUCGGACAGAGGCCCCUGAUGAACACAUAGUGAUUCAGGCCAGCUGGAGAAGCUUCUGGAAGAUUCUUGCUGCCCUCCAUAUCUCACUCAGGCCUGUCCCAGAGAGAGGACAGCUGAGCUGAGGAUUUGGAUUAGUUCUCAGGGAAGGCAAGUGUCUGUCACAACUCAGCAGUCCCAAGAUGCUCUUGGCAGGGAGACUCCAGCUCCUUUUUCUCACAUGGCUGCUCUUCUCACCUGUUCCUCUGCUGCUUAGCCCAGAAGGGACACCUGCCAUGCCCACCUCUGUGCCUUCACACCUACUAUUUCCACUCCACCCUAUUUUUUGCCUAACUCCAAGGUUGACUUUUGAGGCUGCCUCUCCCGUGAAGUUUUCUUCAGACUCUCCGUCUCUGUCAUGUUCUCUCUGUCCUAAUCAAUGGUGCUGCUUGACAGUUGCCCAACAUCUGUUUCUCCCUCCACUCUCCUUCCACAUCCCACCAGUCACCAGCCCUGUUGGUUUUACCUAAAGCUCAUCUCUAACCCAUCUUCUCCUUCUCCACCACCAUUACCUCAUAUGAGCCUUCGUUGCCUCUUGCCUGGAUUACAACAGGGGGCUCCUUCCUAACCCCUUCCUGCUUUCAUUCUCUCACCCUGUUUUAUUCUCCAGGGGGCUCUUUCCAUUACCCAGAUCUGAUUGUGUCACUCCAUGGUGGGAAGCUCUCCAGUGCAUCACCUAUAGCAAAGCUUCCUGAAUGGGUUACAAGUCUGCCAAGAUGUAGGUCCCUUUAGGCACCGAGUAACCCUCCAGUUAUCCUCACAUGUGCAUAUGAAUAUGUCUUUUUUCUGUGUGUGCAGUGAUGCGAACGUGGUUUCAAAGUACUGCCCUGUGGGAUAAACCGAACUCCUUCACCUGCCAUUCAUGAUCAUUCGUGACCUGCAUCCUCUAGCCUCAUCUCCCACCGUGGCCCCUCCUUCUGUAUGCCAGCCAUACGGAACUGUGUACUUGUGGUUCCUGAAGAAGUCAUACUUUUCCCUAUCUGUGUGCCUUUGUACAUGUGCCUGGAACCCUCCUCUCCUCUUUCCCCUAUGACGUUUCAAAUGUCCCUUGCCAAGGAAGCUUCCCCCACUUCCCCGAGCAGGCGUCAACUUGCCCUCUGCUUCUGUAGCACCUCGUACUUACCUCUCUUACACCUCCUACCUGUUGUUUUACUCAUUUACUCCAUGCAGAGCUCACAGUCUGUAUUUCCCAAGGAUACUGUGAGUGCCUGAGAGCAAGGGCUGUGUGUUACUCUCAGUAUGCACACACACAAGACGCAGUAGGCCCUGACUGAUGUGUCUUGGACACGUGACUGGUGCCUUCCCUGAGGCAGUCACCAUGCUCUGCCUCACAUCAUUCUUACAUAUGUUUACAGGGAUGUCUCCCCACCAGCUGCGGGCUGUGCAGGGCAAGAACAAUCUGAUUUUCCCAGGGUCUCAGCGUCCAGACAAGCCUGGCAUGCAGUGACCUCAAUAAAAUGUUACUAUAUCGA